CUCCUCCUGCUGCUACCGCCUCCUCGCAUCCUCCCACCGGCAGCAGCAUCAUCAUCACCGCACGCCCCCCCAGCCCUCACCCCUCCAACCCUCACCCCCUCGCAAUUCAACCAGGGGCGGCUGGGUACAGGACGUAGCGAACACGCAGCGGGAUAAGACCCACCACCUCAUUACCAUCCCCACCACCACCUCAUUAUCAGCACCACCACCACCUCAUCCCCACCACCAACCACAACAGUCCUCGUCAAGCUGUCGUCAUCGCAGAAGGAAUCGUUUCGGAUUUGGAGACGCGGUCUCCAUCGAGCCCGGCUGGCUCCAUGACCGCCCUCCGUUCCGGCUCCGCCACACGGGAAUGCGAGCGUUCUAAUCCGGGGUAGCGAAGAGAGACAAGACCCCCCCCCUCCUCCUCCUGCUCUCUCCACUGCUGGAUUGAGGGGAUCUUGAGCCGCGUGGAAGUGGGCACGCGGAGACCAAGAAUCGUCGGAUCAGUUCUCCCGGCGGUGGACCCCGCGCUGCCCGGGUCGAUGUCAGGAUCGGCCGAGCCCCUCCGCGGGGCACGGCUUCCCCUCGCUUGGGCGCUGCUCUCCACGCUGCUGCCCAUGGCAGGGGCAGGGCUGCACGCCGCCAGUGGGGGGCAGCCGGGAGGCGGCAACCCCAAUGCCCAGCACGCGUUCCUGGGCGCCCCGGAAGCGAACUCGUACCUGUCACGUCGGCUGCGCGCCAACAACUGGGACUUUGAGCUGUUCCAGCCCGACAACUUGGAGCGUGAGUGCAACGAGGAGCUGUGCAGCUACGAGGAGGCGCGAGAGAUAUUCGAGGAUGACGCCAAGACGAACGCCUUCUGGAAAACGUAUAUGAAUCCGGCAUCUGCAGGGAACUCCGGCCUCAACAUCCCGGGCCUGCUGGCCGGCGUGAUCGCGGCCGUCGUGCUGCUCAUCUUCAUCGGCCUCGUCUUCGCCUACUGCUGCAAGUACCGGAGGAAACCGCGCGGCGGCACCAGGAGCAACGACGACAUGGAGAUGAGCGGAGAGCCGAGGGCGCCGCCGCCCCCCGACCGCGAGGAUCCGGCGACGAUGAUGGCGGGGCCCGACCAGCUGCUGGGGCUGCCCUCCUACGAGCAGGCCAUGGAGGUGUCGGGGCAGUACGACGGCCCACCACCACCGUACACGGGCGCUCCCCGCACCCCAGAAGCUCCCGGCACGAGGAGAGAAACGUCGGACCUCAUGCCCAGCGACACGCGGAGGAAUUCACAGCGAGGAUCGAGGAGAGGGACUGCCAGGAGGGACGUAUGAGCCCCGGCACUCGCCCCCUCCCCGCCAUGAGGACUUCGGGGAUUUGUUGGCGGUCGUGGUUGCAGCUGAACCGUUGCCACCGUAUGCGGCUGGAUCGUCACCACCUACGCCCCACGAUCGAGACAAAAUCUGUGACGUGCCUCCUGGUCUUUUAAAACAAAAUAAAAAACACAAGCGACGUGAUGGUCAUCAACCACCUCCGCAAGUACCACCACCGCCACCUUGCGACCUCGCGAUGCAACAAUCCUCCGCCUGAGCACCGGUCACACGAACCGAUUUAACUGCUCCAUCUCCACACGCACACACGUAUGCACGGCGACGUUGGCGAGUUUAGAGUGGGCACCGACGGACGGAUGGACGAGGCGGUGCGUUGAGCCUUGAUGUAGAGACCCGAGUCUCGGCGCGGGGCGACGGACCGUGCAGCUUCCUCCCGGCCUAACCGGUCGGCACGCUCGGCGCUCCGCCGCCUCCAUCAGAUUUGCAUCGUGGUGAGAGGGCCCCACUGCCAGCUUGCUUUGAGGCGGGAGUGGAACGCCUGACGCACAAGGAAACGGACCGACGCUCUGCGAAAGCGAAAUACAAAAAUAUUACCAACGGCAGCGGAGAAAGGUGCGGCCCUGCAAUUUGCUUGCCGACGUCACUGCAAGCCGAUGGGCAACCGGAGGAAGCUUGAGCCGUUCCAGAGGGUGUUUUGGCCCUGUCUUACCCGCUGGAAUAGGUUCGAGUACCCACACUUUACCCCACUGCACUGCGGCCUACCGAUCCACUUAACUGUGAACCCAUCUUUACUACUGGUUGGAC